UAAUGCGGGUGCAUCACAUAUUUAUAUUUAAAAAGUGGAAAUAAUGUGAAAUAAACACAAUUGUGUGUUCAAGUUUUUAAGUGAACAUCCAUAUUUCAAGGAAAAAGCUAAAUCAUUUUAAGAAAAUUUGUGAAAGGAAAUUCCAACGUGUAAACAAAGCUAUUGAAAAGGCGGCAUCAGCAAGAAAAACUACACAGCAUGGCGACCGAAAUAGAUGAGCUGAUUGAGCAGCUGAAGGCGACGAGUGUUAGCCCGGGCGGAACCUCAGAUUCGCUUUCAUUGCUGAGCGAGAUAUCGGCAACAAAAGAUCCAAAACUGUUUGACAAGCAUGAGCUGGCGGAUUGCUUUCUGGGUCUAACACAGUGCGAGGAUACGAGUGUGAGAAAGGAGGCUGCUAAGUGCAUAGCGGAGAUAACCAAGUCGGAGGUGCAGCGUAAGAAGUUCACCAAACGUGAGAUAAUUGCCGCCUUUCUGGAGUGCCUGCGUCAGGUGCCGACUACAGAUGACAGCAUGGAGUUACCAAUACAAAUAUGUCGUGCGCUAGGUAACAUCUGUUAUUUGAACGAUGAAGCGCGUGAUCUCAUACUAGAGCUGCAAGGAGAUGCAGUGCUACUACAGCUGCUGGACAUAGGCGACAUAGCGGAUGUGAGCAAUGCGCCGCAGUUUAUUAAAGUGCGCGGCGGUCUGCUUUCCAAUUAUCUGCUGGGUGGCGAAGGUCUGGCCAAGCGGGCAAUGCAGCUGGGUAUUAUGGAGAAGUUACAGAAAAUGAUCGACACCGGCGCUGGCAAUGUGGAGCAGCAUGAAGAUCUAUUGCUCAAUACACUGCCACUGCUAAGCAUACUCACCGAGAACGUGGCCGAUCUGAACUUUGACUCGCAGCUAAAUAUACAGCUAUCACGCAUACUCGCCGCUUCCACAAAUCCCGAUCUCGCUGAGAUGUGUCUUGAGCUCUUGCACUAUCAGGCAGAGAGCGAUGAAGUGAAGCUGCUGCUGGCGAAGGAUGGACUCUGCGAAACAAUCUAUCAGUUGCUUGAAAAGUACAAGACGUUGGCCAGCACCAACGAGGCGCGAGCUCUAAUGAAGCUCGCAUGUGAGCUCAUUGUGCUCAUCCUAACCGGAGAUGAGUCAAUGCACUAUUUAUACUCGACACCGCUGCUGAAGAACAUGAUCGACUGGCUGGAUGCCACGGAUAUUGAUCUGCUGACAACGGGUGUGCUGGCCUUAGGAAACUUUGCUCGCACCGACAGCCAUUGUAUCUACUUUGUAGAGCAGCACACAAUGAACAAAUUGCUGCAGGUGCUUGCUAAAAAUAAUGGCGUUAAGGACGAUGUGCGUCUGCAACAUGCGUUGCUUAGUGCGCUGCGUAAUCUGGUUAUACCGAAGCCAAACAAGAAUGCCGUAAUUCAAGCAGGUCUAGUGCAAACGAUACUCCCUAUGUUGGAGAUACAUCAGCCGCCAGUGGUGUUCAAGCUGCUGGGAACGUUACGUAUGACGGUAGAUGGACAGGAGAAAUUGGCGUUAGAGCUCCUUAAGAACAAGACGCUCAUCGAGCAGCUGGUGCAUUGGAGCAAGUCAUCGGAUUAUGCGGGUGUCACAGGCGAAUCGCUGCGUCUGAUGGCUUGGCUAAUCAAGCAUGCGUAUCUAAACAAGAUUGCAUAUGCGCUACCACGCAAGGGCGAUGCGCCCGCUGAGCAGAUUGCCGACAAGUUACCGCUUAGUCAAGACUACGAUCGCAGCAGCUUGAGAGAGUUUCUGGCCAACGAGGGCACCGUGGAAGCCAUGGUUACCAUGUUAACAGCACAGCAUUUAGUGAUGCAAAACGAGGCCUUGAUAGCGCUUUGUAUUCUAUCUGUUGUCUAUCUCUCAAAGUCUGGCGAGGCGCAUCAGCAGCAGCAGACGCAACGUUUACAGGAGGAACUGAUCAAUUGCAAGGUGGGCGCUAAGUUGGCAGAGCUCAUCACAAAAUCAUCGGACAGCAUGACCAAGGAGAUUGUUGAGAAUCUGCAAAACUGUGUGAAUCUGCUCAAGACCUCGGAUAAUCUGGUCGAGCAUCUGGAGCAGCACAACAUAAACGAACUUCUAAAAUCAAUACCAAUACUUACCGAGUACUGCACCUUGUAAGAAUCGCGCCUGCUUGAGACGUGGCAUAUUGCAUUUAUUUCCAGUUGCCUCACACACACGCACACACACAACACUCUCCCACAAGUACACACACAUACAGUAAAGUAUUGCUGUUUAGUGAUACUAAUGACUACAUGUAGACUACCACUACCACCUUAGCGCAACGAUUCAGAUUUAGACUUGAUUAUAGAUUUGUAAGUUGAAAGUAAUGCACAAGAGAAAAGUACAGUGAACAGUAACGGGAAUGUAUUUUUUAGACGCAAGCGUAUUUUUACUGCAUUUAUCAUAACACGAAAAGAGAAGAAAUUGAAAAGAAAACGUAUUAAUUAAAUAUUAAAUAGUACAACGUACUUGAACGUA